AUGGCGCCGCGCCGACGACGGAUGCUGGCGCUGCCGGCGGUGUGCCCGUGCGAGGCCAUCGCGCCGGCGCCGCUGCUGGCGUCGCUGCUCUCCCUGGCCGCGGACGUCGCGGGCCUCCGGGCCGCCGCCGACGUGGACGCGCUCCCGGCGCUCCGGGGCGCGGCGCGCGAGGCUGUCCGGAUCGCCGGCCUGCUCCUCGCGUUCCUCGACGGCAUCCCCGUCCCGGACGAGGCGGAGGCGGCCCCGGCCGUGCUCGUGCUGGGGCUCUCGGAGCUGCACGUGGCGCUGCAGAAGCUGCGGCUCCUGCUCGCCGACUGCGCCCGGAAGGGGGCGCGCCUGUGGGUGCUUAUGAACGCGGAGCUGGCGGCCUCCGAGCUCCGGGUGCUGCUGGGCUCCGUCGCCACGGCGAUGGACGUGCUGCUGCUGCCUUCGGAGGGGCACGUCGUCGUCGGGGGGGCGGCGUCCGCGGACGCCGACGCCGAGGAGCUCGCGGGGCUGGUGUCCCGGCACGCGUGGCGCGCGGCGGCGCGGCUGCGGCCGGACCCGGAAGACGACCGCGCGGCGCGGGGCGUGCGCUCGGUGCUCGCGCGGUUCGCUAGCGGCGUCACGCCCGACGCCGAGGACGCUAGGCUCGUGCUCGCCCGCGUCGGCCUCGCCACCUGGCACGACUGCUCCGAGGAGGCCGCGUUCCUGGAGGCCGAGCUGCUGGAGCGCCUGGAGACCGGCAGCGACGACAACGACAACGACAACGACCGCAGCAAGACCGACAAGGCCGCCGCGACGGUGAACAGGCUCCCCCCGAGGUUCACCCUCAGCCUCAACCCGGAGGCGCUGCAGUGCCCGAUCACGCUGGAGCUGAUGACGGACCCGGUGACGGUGGUCACCGGCCAGACGUACGACCGCGCGUCCAUCAAGAAGUGGAUCAAGAGUGGGUGCCGGACGUGCCCCGUCACCGGCGAGAGGCUCCGCAGCGCGGAGCUGGUGCCGAACGUGGCCGCGCGCGGGGUCAUCGAGCAGCUCCUCCUCAGCCGGGGUGUCCCGGUCCACGAGCCCAGCAGCAAGCACCGGUGCGCGGUGGACAAGACCGCCACGCCGUUCGGCGCGGCCGCGGCCGGCGGCGUGCGCCUCUCCGCGGCGUUCCUGACGGCGAGGCUGUCCAGCGUCAGCGGCGCGCCCGAGGAGCAGAAGAGGAAGGCGACGCACGAGGCCCGCAAGCUGUCGAAGCGGAACGUCUUCUACCGGGCGUGCCUCGUGGAGGCCGGCGCCGUGCCGUGGCUGCUCCACCUGCUCUCCUCCACGGACGCGUCCGUGCAGGACAACGCCGUGGCGGGCCUGCUCAACCUGUCCAAGUACCCGGCGGGGCGGCGGGCGCUGGUGGAGGCCGGCGGGCUGGGUCUCAUCGUGGACGCCGUGAACGUGGCCGCCAAGGUGGAGGCGCGGCAGAACGCGGCGGCCGUCCUGUUCUACCUCUCGUCCAACCCGGAGUACUGCGAGCAGAUCAGCCGCAUCCCGGAGGCGAUCCCGACGCUGGUGCGCCUGGCGCGAGACGGCGCGUACCGGGGGCGGAAGAACGCUCUGGUGAGCCUCUACGGGCUGCUCCAGUGCGCGGACGCGCACGGCAGGGCGGUGUCUGCGGGCGCCGUGGACGUGCUCGCCGGCCUGAUGCUGGUGGGCGCGUCGUCCGCCUCCGCCGGAGACGACGGCGGCGACCUCGCCCUCGACGCCGUCGCGCUGCUCGCGAGGCUCGCGGAGCAGCCGGGCGGCGCGCGCGCCGUCGCGGCGAGCUCGGAGCUGGUGACGAGGCUGGUGGACUUCCUCGGCGAGGCGGCGUCGCGGUCGGCCAAGGAGCACUGCGUGGCGCUGCUGGCGUCGCUGGGCCGGCACUGCGGGGACAAGGUGCUCGCGCUGCUGGGCAAGCUGCCUGGCCUGAUGCCGGCGCUGUACGCGCUCAUCGCUGACGGCACCCCGCAGGCGGGCAAGAGGGCGCGGUGGCUGGUGAAUGAGAUCCACCGCCACUACGAGCAGCGCCAGACGCCGGCGUCCGCGCCAACCCCGGCGACCGGCGACCGUGUCAUCCGUGUAUAG